AUGAUCCUCGAGCUGCCCAACGCUCAGGGCGAGUUCUCCGGCACCUACCUGACCGCCGUCUCCGCCACCGAAAAACCCAUCAAGAUCUCGCCACUGUUCGGCGUCCAGCACGCCCCCACGGGGAAGGGCCAACCCACCUUCGGCUUCACAGUCUCCUGGACCUUCUCAGAUUCCAUGUCUGUCUUCGUGGGACAGAGCUUCGUGGACAAGACCGGGGAGGAGGUGCUGCAAACCACGUGGCUCCUGCGAGAGAAGGUGGACUCGGCCGGCGACAAUUGGAAAGCCACCAGUGUUGGCACCAACACCUUCAAACGCAGCAUAUAG